AUGGAGAAACACCAAUAUGAGUUGGUGCUAAUUCUUUUUGUAGUUGCCUCCCUCGGCCUUGUCUCCAUCAUAUCAUGCAUAGCCGCAGAGAUUAAGAAAACGAAGGAGGAGGAGCUGAGGGUGGUUGGAAGACUCUGUCAUUUGCCAGAAAGUCAGGCAUUUGGGUUUGGAGUUGCAGCCUUGAUAUGUUUGUUUGCAGCUCAGAUGGUGGGGAAUUUGAUAGUUUGCACUUAUUUUUGUUCAAGAGAGAGAAAGAAGAAGGGUGGUAGUGAUUUCAGUAUCAGUUCCAAAGCAAAAACACCAACGAUUUGGAUGGCUCUUGUGUGCAUCUCUUGGACCAGCUUUGUAAUGGCAGUCACAUUGCUGAGCGCAGCAACUAGCAUGAGCAGAGACCAACCCUACGGACAAGGAUGGCUGGAUGGCCAAUGCUACUUAGUCAAACAAGGAAUAUAUAUUGGCUCAGGAACUCUGGUUCUAAUUGCAAUUGGUUCCACGCUCGGCUUAAUCAUCAUCACAACCAUGAGGAAGACCCAAGUUGAUGAAGGUUCUAAAGUGAAAGAGCAAAGCAAGUUGAACACAAAGUCAAAGACUACUUUUGGGGUAGAGAACAACCAAUUCCCCUCCCCACUACAUACGUGA